AAAUAUAAUUCUCUUGGUUUGUGCGCUCUUUGGCUGUUUACCCCAUAGAACAGCUGUGCUAAUUCUUUACGGGACACAAAGCGAAGAGCCUUCAUCAACCAACUCUAGAUUUUACCAUUACUAGCGCCUACUUUGCAGAUAUUUUUGCGACAUUUAACAAUUCAUUAUUUACUAUCUUAAAUGUAGUUUUUAGUGAUUAGCAUUUGUUGGCUAGCUAGCUAACACAGCAGGUGACUGAACUAAAUGCUCUUCGGGUCAUCGCCUAAAGUCCACCAAACAGCCCUAAAAAUUUCUUCUGGGACAAUGGCAAACCCACUAAGACCUGAAGUGGUUCGGCUUUAUAAAAAUCUGUUGUACCUUGGCCGGGAGUAUCCCAAAGGUGGAGACUACUUCAGGGACCGUCUAAGAGCAGCGUUUGCCAAAAAUAAGUCGGUCCAGGACCCAGAGAAGAUCAAGGAGCUGAUUGCAAGAGGAGAGUAUGUGAUUCGCGAGCUGGAGGCACUAUACUAUCUGAGGAAAUACAGAGCCAUGAAACAACGAUAUUACAAGGACAGCUAAUUUACCUAAACAAAGACUUGUGCAUAUGAGCCACUACUAACAAAUGUUGGGAUAAAUGUUAAAUUAGGAACAAAUCAACAAUAGAAUUACAUUGUUAUAUUGUGAGUCAAAACAUGAUUAACCACAAUUGAGUCCCUAAAUGAACUAUAUACAACUAUUACUAUGGGAUUUGCAAUUUGGUUUUAACCACAAAGCAUUUUCAACACUAAAAAAAUUACAGCUAAGACAUGACAUACAUUUAUUACUCAUUGCAAGAACUACUGAGCAAAUAGCCAUGUCUUGCGAGAAAAGUGCCUUAGCAUUGAAGCAAUAGAAUACCAUGUAAAACACAUACAUUUUGUCAGAAGAUUGUACCGCUAUUUGAGAAUUCCUCCUCAAAAGAAAGGUAACAACUAAUAGCCUCAGUGUCCACCGUAAUAUAACAUUUACUUAACAAAUACUGUAUAACUUUUAAGAUCUUAUUUAUAGGUACCUCAAAAUAGAUAUUUAAAGAAUGAGAUACAUUCAGUGCUUUAGCUUUCACAAAGAUUAUGCAAACACACUGUACAAAAACAAAAGUUUAUUUAACUUUUCUCUAUAAAAGACAGGAAGGGGAAUGCCUAUGAACUCCUGAGAUGGAUAUAUGGAAAAUAAAGCCGUAAUGAAACACA